UUGUCAGGUUCUUUCCUAAUAGUUCUCAGGAAAAGAAAUCAAAAUGAGUCUGACAGCCAAGGACAAAUCUCUGGUCAAGUCCUUCUGGUCCAAAGUCGGCGGCAAGGCUGACGACAUAGGAGCCGAGGCCCUGGGCAGGAUGCUUGUCGUGUAUCCCCAAACAAAGACAUACUUCUCCCAUUGGAGUGACACCAGUCCGGGCUCCGCCCCGGUUAGGCAGCAUGGCAAGACGGUGAUGGGUGCCCUGAACCAGGCUGUUGGCAAAAUUGACGAUCUUGUGGGUGGUUUGAGUGCCCUCAGUGAUCUCCAUGCUUUCAAGCUUCGUGUCGAUCCAGGAAACUUCAAGAUUCUGUCCCACAACAUCCUUGUAGCUCUGGCUGUGAAUUUUCCCGCUGACUUCACCGCCGAAGUACACGUGGCUGUGGACAAAUUCCUGGCUGCCGUGUCAGCUGCUUUGGCUGACAAGUACAGAUAAACUUGGUAUCUCGAGAGUCAAGCAGAACAUGUUGCUGAACCUGUGUUAUAUACACCAAUAAAAAAUAUUUACGGAUAAUAAA